AUCUGGUUUGUUUACAAUUUUAGUUGUUGCAUUGACAUCCAGAUGUCAUAUGGGCAGUGCGCACAAGACACAUCAUUCUGACGUUUAUCAAAUGUAAUUGUAAAUUUUGACAGCAAUUUUGCUCUUAUUAUUUUCUUUUUUAUUGGGACGCGUAUACAAAAUAUGUUUUCGUAGAAGAGAGCAAAUCACAACAAAAACGAAAUAAAAUUGUGAUAUCAACAUAAAACGCAUGUUACACAAAAGCAAAAAAUGCGGUGUUUAUCUUGGAAAUCGAUAAUAGUUAAUUCAAUUGAUUCUUGUAAUAUUUAGAGUAAUUGUGCUCUUGGGAAAAACCGUCUUAAUAGUUCAACCAACAAAAUAAAAAAAGUAUUUCGUGUGUGCUUUUGUAAUGUAUUCACGUGAAGUGUGUUACACCAUAAACUGUAACAUUAUUAAUUGGCAACAAAGUCGAGGUGAAAAUAUUCAAUACCAUAUUUGCACUGGCAAAACUGUGCAAAUCGAAUGAGAUGACAAAAACCAUAUGGAUCCACUAUUCUGAGCAUAGACAAUAAUGGAGUGAAUUGCAGAAUAAUUGUAUUUUUUUGUGUGUCCAAUUAUUUGUUCAAUUGUUUGUUCGUUUUUAUGCAUUUUACGCUACGUGUACAAUAAUUUGUGAAAUUUACGGCUAUCGUGUUCAAUUUGUAGUGUUUUGUAUUCGUCGAAUCGGUGAAGUUGAUUUUUUUCUGUCUACAACAACAAAUACAACUAGUGAUUGACAUUAACGAUUCCGGAUUCUGCAUGACUAUCAAAUCUGAAUAAGACACGUCGCAAUCUUAAUCAUCGCAAGUUUCGAACAAAUUAAAAGCCAAAUUCAAUUAGGAUUUUUUAAGGACUAAAAAUCGGAGAUAAAUCAAUGUUUUUUUUAAAGUAGUAAAAGUAAGUGAGACAAUCUUUAAAUCGAUCCAAGAACAAAGAAAAGUGUGAAAUCAUGUCGUUUGUAAGCGGCACUUCAAGUAACGAAGCGGUACAGAAAUUUUUGGAAAUUUUGCAAAAUGAUUUCCGUAUAUUGGCCAACGAAACAAAGAAAAAAUAUCCACAAAUCAAAGAGUCAUGUGAAGAAGCAAUAAUAAAAUUGAAAGCAGCUUCAUCGACUCCAUCCACUCAACUUUAUUAUGUCGUGAAUCAAAUUUUAUAUGCUCUAGUUCAGGGUUGUGAAUCGAAAGAUGUGAAAAUUAUCAAGUAUUGCCUUGGAAUGAUGCAACGAUUAAUCACACAACAAGUAGUCGAUCAAAAGGGUGCCCGUUACAUAACCGAUACAUUGUGGAUGUUAAUGGAGCACGGCACCGAAGAAGUUAAAGUCUUGCAAACGGUUACAUUGUUGCUCACAACAAAUAGCAUCGUGCAUGGCGAAACAUUGGCCAAAGCGCUUGUCCUAUGCUUUCGGUUGCAUUUUACAAAAGAUUCGACAACGAUAAAUACGGCCGGUGCAACGGUACGGCAGCUAGUUUCAUUGGUUUUUGAGCGUGUCAUUAUGGAGGAUCAAGAAUGUGAUCCAUCAACAUCGGCAGAACAAUCAUUGCAAGAGGUGAACAUUGAAGAGUUAAAACAAGCACCGGGUCAAGCGCCAAAAGGUCUAAAAAUUUGUGGGGCCGAUGCGUUUUUACUUUUUCAAGACUUAGUUCAGCUGGUCAAUGCUGAUCAACCAUUUUGGCUUGUUGGCAUGACCGAAAUGACACGAACAUUUGGAUUGGAACUGCUUGAAACGGUUUUAACAACAUUUCCAUCGGUUUUCUUUAAUCAUCCCGAAUUUUCGUUCCUGUUGAAAGAGCGCGUUUGUGCUCUUGUGAUUAAACUUUUUUCACCCAAUAUUAAAUAUCGUACCGUCGUUCAGACAAAUCCACAACAGCCAGUCGCACUAGACAAACCGUAUUUUCCAAUUAGCAUGCGUUUGUUGCGCGUCGUAUCAAUUCUAAUUCAGAAAUAUCAUCGACUUUUAGUGACUGAAUGCGAAAUAUUUCUGUCGUUAAUCGUAAAAUUCUUGGAUCCCGAUAAACCGUCGUGGCAACGCUCAUUGGCACUUGAAGUCAUUCACAAAAUGACCGUUCAACCGGAAUUGCUUGUGUCAUUCUGUCAAUGUUACGAUUUAAAAGAUCAUGCUACGAACAUUUUUCAAGACAUCAUCAAUUCAUUGGGUGCAUACGUUCAAAGUCUAUUUGCACCAACACAUAACACCAAUGUUAAUGCAAUUGCAACACCCACUCAAACAUUACCUAUGAUGAGCACAUUGCCAAUGGUUCCGGGCGCAUCACAACAAGCUGGGUUCUUAUUCAGAAGCGUGUGGCUACCGCUUGUCGUCACUUUUCCAACCGGACAAUCGAAAUCUACAUUCUUGGAGAUGCUUGACAAGGUCGAACCACCUCCAAUACCCGAUGGAUUUGGCAUUUCGGUAGCAUAUGCUUGCCUUUUAGAUAUUGUUCGAUCAAUUUCAUUGGCUGUUCUUGGACCAUCAAAGCUUGGUGAAGAAAACCCCGCACCGUAUAAAGAUAGCGUAGGCGAAGCGGAAAAGCAAUUACAUGGUCAGUUGGUUAAUUCAAGUUGGUGUGGUCUUUUGGCCGCUUUGACACCUUUAAUUGAUGCUGCGACCGAUGAGUCGGUUACGGAAAAUGUUUUAAAAGCCAUGCAAAACUAUGCGGCUCUUUGUGGAACAUUAGACAUUCAAACACCGCGAGAUGCAUUUAUAACAGCAAUUUGUCGAUCAUCAUUACCUCCUCAUUAUGCACUGUCUGUAUUGAAUAUGGGCUAUCAAUUUUCGGGCAUUAUAACUCAUUCACGUUCUCCGAGUCAAGAUUUGAAUCAUCAAUACAUGGCAUCACCAUGUGGUGAAAAUGAUUUUCGUCAUCAAGUUGUAGCGGUUGGAACGCCAUUGCCAACAUCAUCGCUACCGAUUGGUGCUCAACAAGGUCCGGUCAUGUUAACAGCAAAGAAUUUACAAUGUAUGCGUGCAAUGCUUCAUUUGGCUCAUUGUCAUGGAUGUAUUUUGGGUACAUCUUGGCACAUUGUACUCGCAACUCUUCAACAUUUAGUGUGGAUUUUGGGUUUGAAACCGUCGACUGGCGGUAGUUUACAGGUUGUGCCAAAAUUAUCCACCGAUACAACAGCCGGAAUAACAACAUCAGUUAUGGCCGAUUUACCAGUUCUAUCACAAAUGCUGAGUCAAUUGUUCCAGUCUAGUCAGUACUUGGACGAUGUUGCAUUACACCAUUUAAUCGAUGCACUGUGCAAAUUGUCACAAGAAGCAAUGGAACUGGCAUAUUCAAAUCGGGAACCAUCAUUAUUUGCUGUUGCAAAGCUAUUGGAAACAGGUUUAGUGAAUCUACCUCGUAUUGAAGUACUUUGGCGUCCAUUGACAAAUCAUCUGCUGGAAGUUUGCCAACAUCCACAUAUUAGAAUGCGUGAAUGGGGCGUUGAAGCAGUAACGUAUCUCGUAAAAGCUGCACUGCAAUAUAAAUACGAAACACCACUCAAGGAUAAUAUGUCUUUGCAAACUUUGCUAUUGAAUCCGUUGGCUGAAUUGUCGUCAGUACCACAUGGUGAUGUACGACAACGACAAUUAGAAUGUGUUUUACAAAUAUUAAAUGGGGCCGGUGAAACAUUGACGCAUGGCUGGCCGCUGGUAUUGGGAAUUAUUGGAGCGGUUAACGAUCGCCAUGGUGAAGCAUUGAUUCGAAUUGCAUUCCAGUGUUUACAGUUGGUUGUGACCGAUUUUUUGCCUGUCAUGCCUUGGCGAUGUUUGCCAUUAUGUGUGAAUACAGCCGCUAAAUUCGGAUCUCAAAUGCAAGAAUUGAAUAUUUCUUUGACGGCUGUCGGUUUAAUGUGGAACAUUUCCGACUAUUUCAAUCAAAAUCAGGAUAAACUAUCGCUAACUGUUUCCGAAGAUCAAACAGUAUUACCCGAUUUCCCUGGCACAUUGAAUAUUCCACAUUUCGACAAAUUAUGGAUGUGUUUAUUUGCUCGUCUAGGCGAUUUAUGUGUUGAUUCACGACCAGCUGUACGCAAAUCCGCUGGACAAACGCUAUUUUCAACUGUUUCGGCGCAUGGUAAUCUGCUAAUGCCACCGACAUGGCAAUCCGUUUUGUGGCAAGUUUUAUUUCCAUUAUUGGAUAAAGUGAGAAGUUUGUCGAGUUCGGCAAGCAGUGAAAAAGUCGAUACCACUGGGAAUAUUUUAAUUCAUCAUUCACGUAAUACGGCUCAAAAGCAAUGGGCCGAAACGCAAGUGUUAACACUGUCAGGAGUAUCGCGUGUAUUUAAUACCAAACGACAUAUGCUACAAACAUUAGGUGAUUUUAUACGGGCGUGGUCAUUGUUGUUGGAAUUCAUUGAAAAUGCCGCACUCAGCAAAAGCAAUGAGGUCUCGUUAGCCGCUUUAAAAUCGUUCCAGGAAAUUUUAUAUAAUAAAUCGAACAACGAACGCGACGAUGAUGUCGAAAAACAGUUGCCAAUUGAAGAAAUCGAUAUUAAUAGCACGGAAAAUAUGGACAUUUGGAAUAUUGCUUGGAAAGUUUGGCUAACAAUUGGUAGUGAGAGCACAAAACCGCCAACAGCUGGACUAACUGGCGAUAAAAAUGAUGUUGACAUUUUCAUUCCAAGUCAAGCUUAUUUGACUGCAUUGAUUCAAAUAUUUCCCCCAUUGUUUCAACACAUUAAGCAUAGAUUUACCGAAGACGAUCUACAGCAAUUAUGUACGGUCUUAAUGAAUGCGGUGGCUGUUCCGGUUCAUUCAGAUUCAACUCCGUACAUAAUGUCAACGAUAUCAGAUUCACUAUUGACACCACUGCACGAUAGUGUGCUAGACUGUAUGGAUAUUUUGUGUAAAGAAGUUCUACCUCCUGCAUCCCCAUUGAAACCAAUGAUUGCAAUUAUUUUUAGUCAGCUAUUAAAUUUCAGUAGAUUUGCCUGUGUGCCACCAACAUUCGAUCGCCUUGAAACUAGGCCUUAUAAAUCGAUUCGAAAUCAACAUCAGCAUAAUCAAAAUCAUUCGACAAUCGAAUGGGUCAGCAUGAAUUACAUCCCAUUUGGUGAGAAGGCUUUAAAUGUUGCAGUAAAAAUCUAUAUUGAGUGUGCCAGUGAUUCGGUUGUGAUUGAAAAGCAAAUACUAUUGGAGAUAAUAAACACAUUAAAGAUUCCAUUAGCAAUGAAAUAUAAAUGUAUGGCAUCAAGCACAUGGAAAUUGGCCAUUGAAAGUUUGCUAUCAGUUUGUCACGUUGGUUUGCCUACAGCCAGAGAAUAUCCCGAAUCAUUUGCUGAUGUUUGGCCAACACUGUCCGAAACAUUGGAUAAAUUUUUAUUCCCAUCAAGUGUGUGUACAAUCGAAGAUCGUGGCAUUGACGAAAUCGUGUUGGACGAGACCAUCGAUUGUCAGGUCAUUGAAAUGUUACGCGAUGAAAUUUUACCAUAUGCUGAACACAUACCGCAUCAAUUCGUCUUGGAUAUUGUGACAAUUUUGAAUAAAGGAUCAAUUCAUUCGGCCACAGCUCGAAACAGUGUCUAUGACGCUGAACUUAAAUUGCGUGAAGAAUUUGCAAAGACAUGCUUUGAAACAUUGCUUCAAUUCUCACUGCUGAACGAUUUGUGUGAUACGGUUGUAUCGAAUGAAAAUAAGGAUACAAGUGCUUUAAAUAAUAACACAACGAAUUCAAAUGAUACAAUGGAAGGUGUUGGUCAUUUGGCGAUCACAGCAUUGCUGAAGCGUUUUGAAGAGGUUCUCAGAAAAUUCACCGAAGAUGAAAAACAAUGUACAAAAAACUCAUUGCCCAAGUAUCGUUUGUCCGAAAUCUCAUUCGUUAUGAAGGCAAUCGCCACAUUGAUUAUCUCAAUGAAGAAAUCACCACCGGCUAAAUUGGACAAAGUUGCUUGGGAUCAUUUGAUUGGACUGUUUCCACUACUUGUCGACUGUACUACAACCACAUCUAUUGAAGUAUCACGAUCGCUUCGUGAAGCCCUCUCACAAUAUGGAGACCUUUUACGUGCACCUACCUGUCAUAGCGAAAUGAACGGCGUUGCCAAAAUCUAAAAAUGUGAAUCUUGUUUACUGAACAUUUUCACUACCAGACAUUUGCUACGUGAUUUAAAAACGUACAAUUUUUACAGACGAAAUAGAAAAAUCAUUAAAAAAAUAUUAGCAAACCAUUAUGAUAAACGGUUGAAAGUAGUGAUCAAAUAAUUAACAUAAAUUACUAUAACAUUUGUUUUUUUUCCUUUUUUCCAAAACAUUCUUAUCGAAGAAUUCCCAGUAUUUAUUUAAAAAAAAAGCAUUUUACAAAUUUAAAUUGGCGCCUUGGAAAAUUACAAAAAAAAAACAGUUUUAAAUGAACGAAAAAACGCAAAUAAUACGGCUAAAGCACAUAUUCUUCAUUUUUAGUGCAAUAGUAAAAUCAUAGAUUUGCUAUGCAAGAAGAAAAUAAAAUAAAGUCAUCAAUCAGAAAAUCACACA